AGAUGGCCCAGAGGCUGGCACUGCGGCGGCUGCUGUCCCUCACCCCUGGGGCAGUGCCCCCCCAGGGCCCUCUGGCACCCCUCAGCAGGACCCUGGGCACCUCAGCAGGAUGCAGGAGCACAUUCAAUGUGCAGGAUGGCAGUGACUUCCAGGACAGGGUGGUGAACAACCCAAAACCCGUCGUGGUGGACUUCCAUGCACAGUGGUGCGGUCCCUGCAAGAUCCUAGGCCCCAGGUUAGAGAAGAUGGUGGCCAAGCAGGAGGGGAAGGUGAUGAUGGCCAAGGUGGACAUUGAUGAUCACACAGACCUGGCUAUUGAAUAUGAGGUGUCAGCAGUGCCAACUGUGCUGGCUAUGAAGAAUGGAGACGUUGUGGAUAAGUUUGUGGGGAUAAAGGAUGAGGAUCAGCUGGAGGCCUUCCUCAAGAAACUCAUUGGAGCCUGAAGUAAAAGGAUGGCUGUACCUCUGCCUCUGGACACAUCCACAUUGUGCAUUCCUUGCCUGGGAGAGCUGAGGGCAGGUCAUCUGCCUGCCUUGUACAACCUGGGGGUUUCUUCUGGUUUCGGGUUUUUAGGAGAUGGACAGUGUUGUAACCCUUCCCUCCCUCUCCCCCUUCUCAUGAGCAGCAGUAGUUGUAAAGGGCACUGAGGAGUGGGGCUGCUUAUUCUCGAAAUGGGGAAUGCAGCUGGAAUUAGGAGCCUGUGUUUAUCAGCAGGAGCUGAUGUGCAGAGCUGCUGCUGCUGCUGCUGAGUUAAGAGGAGGAAUGUUUUUCUCUUUGCCUCACAUCUGAUAGCCCAGAGCAGAGGGCAGCUACUCCCUGGAAGAUGAUGGUACAUACCUGCCCUGGGUGGGUUCGUUUAAAGCUGAGAAUGUCUCUGCCUUGUCUGUGAAGCUUGUCUCUUUGGUCCUCUGUCCUUGUGUUGCUGGGACCGGUACAACUCCUCCACAAAUCCAUGGGGUCCCAUCAUGAUUUUAUAAGAUAAAAUAGGGAGUAGUAUUUUAUGGAUCUCCUUUUGUAUGUCUGCAAUAGAGAACUUUAUUGGUCACUGCUGUCUAGCUGGAGAAUAAAACCUGAUUC